AAUAUCAAAAUAUUUUGUUUCUCUCUCCUCCACCAUUCUUUCUCUCUCUUUCGUUCUCUGUCUUUUUUUUCCUUCAUCGCCGACAACCGCCAAUUCCCUCCAUUUGAAAGCCCUCUCUACUUUCUGCAAAUCUCUCUCUCUCUACUUAUUUGCCCCCAAUACAGCGUAUUGAUUGAAUUGAUUGGAUCAAAUUGUUUACAAUUUUAAGUACCAUUGGUGUUUAGCAUUUUAAUACCAUUGCUGUUUCUUCAAUCUAAGCUCGUGGGUCUCUCUGAAUUUAGGAGGUGCUGCUGAAUUAUUCACCAUUCUACACUUUGGCAAGGUUUAUGUCUGUUAUCCUUGCUUGUUGAAAUAUUGUGAUAUAGGGAAUUGUGUAUCACUGCUAAUGCUUUCAUGGACCAUAUGCAUUUGAUGAUGCUGCUAGAGAAGCUUAAUCCUGAUCCCAAACCUCGUUUGAUUAGUGGAUGUAUUAUCUGGUUGUCUGGAAUUGAAAUUUGAAUUUGAAUUUCCACCUCUGCAUAUAUUGGUCGAACCGUGAUUCCGUGAAUAAACUUCAAAUAUCAAUAGUUUCCGCUUUUGACACUAGUUUAAAAUGUCAGAAAUUGACAUGGCAGUUAGUAAACCCGAGAUUAUGCAGCCGUAUAUCUGGCUUCAGACACCAGAUGGUGCAAUACAACAAGUGGAACAGGUAAUUGCAAUGUUUUGCCCUUUUAUUUGUCAAGAAGUAAUACAAAAAGGCACGGGAUCUUCAAAGAACUGUGCAAUAUGUCUUCCUCAACGAGUCACCCCUACUAUUUUGAGCUUAAUACUUGAUUAUUGCCGAUUUCAUCAAGUACCAGGUCGCUCAAACAAGGAGCGGAAGUCUUAUGAUGAGAAAUUCAUGCGGAUGGACACGAAGCAGUUAUGCGAGUUGACAUCUGCUGCAGACAGCCUUCAGUUGAAACCAUUGGUUGAUCUUACCAGCCGUACACUUGCUCGAGUAAUUGAAGGAAAAUCCCCUGAGGAAAUACGCGGCAUAUUUAAUUUGCCAGAUGAUCUUACAGAGGAAGAGAAAUUGGAGCCCUUGAAAAACACAACUGCUGAUCCGAGGAUCAGGCUUUUGAACCGUUUGUAUGCUAAGAAAAGGAAAGAGCUGAAGGAGCGUGAGAGGCUAAAGAAUGUUGAAGUUGAAGAAGAGCAUGUGGAUGAUCGUUCAGUCGAUGACCUUUUGUCUUUUAUUAAUGGAAAUGAUGCAGAUCCAAAGGAGAUGAAAAAUUCUAAGAAUAAAAAGAAAAACCGAAGAAGAAAAGAGCAACAGAUGAGCUCUUCUUUGAAGGAAGCUUCUGAACUGAACAAUAAGGAGAUAAAUGGUCAUAAUAUCAGACCCCAAACUGAUGGAGCUAAUGGAGUUUCCGAGGCCUCACAGUCUAAUACAGAAGACAGCACUUUUGUUCCUAGAGAGUUUGAUGAUGGAGAUAUAGAUGAGGAGAUCGAUCCUGCAUUACAGGAAAAACUUGACAGGGAAGUGGAAGAUUUCGCUCGCAUAUUAAAUUCUGACUGGCCAGAGAGGAUGCAGGAACUGUUGUCGUUGGGGCAAGAAAGAAAAGCAAUGCCUUUUACAUCCAACGGAAACAGUUUUUUAAGACGAAAUGCUUAGGACUUGACCUCAUGAUACUGUCACACAAACAAGAAGGAAUCAGUGGAAGAUGGAUCCUUACAAGCCCCCACACAAAUGGCCAGUGGCUUGAACAAUUUUGAGAGGUGCUGACAAGCCUUAGGAAAGUGCUGCAUGUCAGUUAUUUAUUUGUUUUUCUAAUUCACUGUUCAAUUUUAUUCAUUAUUGGUCCUUGGCCCCAGGCACAAUUUGAUGCUGGAGGCUGCCUCUUGUGCCAAUAGAAAAUAAAUAGUAGGAUGGGCUUGUAUGUAAUAAUGUUGUAUCUUUGUGCAUUGAUUGCUUGAGUUUUGAAAGAAGUUUCUUACUCUGAUCCA